AUGUCGACAUGCAAAGCAGCCAUUCGCCAAUGGCCUCGUUGCCUUCGUCGCCAGGCGCCUCGAAUCUCCCUUUCGCAUCUUAGCCGGCCGGUGCUCCAACAGCCUGCUCUUCGCCGUUCUUACGCUUCGAUCUCCGCCGCGGAGCUCAAAUUCGGCCAGCCGCUACACGAGACACACCCACAUAUACUGGAGCCGGGAGAGCUGACACCGGGAAUAACGGCUCUCGAGUAUGCUCAGCGCCGAUCACGUCUGGCGAACAAACUACCCAAGUAUGCCGUCGCUGUGCUGGCUGCUGCAGAGGUUACAUACCGGGCUUCGGGCAUCUUCAACGAGUACCGACAGGACUCGAACUUCUUUUACUUGACAGGGUUUAACGAACCGAAUGCGUUGGCUGUCAUCGUGAACGAUGGAUCCGGCAACAACCACCUAUUCCACCUUUAUUGCAGGGAGAAGGAUGCAAAGGCCGAACUUUGGGACGGUGCCCGUUCAGGUACCCGCGCGGCGAUUGAUGUCUUCAAUGCGGACGAAUCCGGUGAUAUCGAACGCAUUGGGGAUCUCCUUCCCAAGAUCCUUGCCGAUGCGACAGAGAUCUACACCGAUAUUCCAGCCUUCAACCCGGGAAGGUCAUCCUUGCAUCGAUACCUCUACGGUCCUACGGGAGCUUCCGAAAAGCUCAAAAAGAUUGUCGACCACCGCAAGGUCAAGCCUUUGCGCUCCAUUCUUAACGAAAUGAGAGUCUUUAAGAGCGAGGAUGAAGUCGUGCAAUUGCGUCGUGUUGGACAAGCAUCUGGAAGAGCGUUCACGGAGUCCAUGAGGCAGACGUUCACCAAGGAAAAGGACCUGACUGCUUUCUUGGAGUAUAACUUCAAGCGGAAUGGCUGCGAUAACAGCGCUUUCGUUCCAGUCGUCGCAGGUGGUUCUAACGCUCUGAGCAUCCACUACACGAGAAACGAUGACGUUUUGAGGGAUGGGGAUAUGGUUCUAGUUGAUGGAGGUGGUGAGGCGGGCACUUACAUCUCCGAUAUCACCAGAACUUGGCCGGUGAACGGCAAAUUCUCCGACCCUCAGCGUGACUUGUACAAUGCCGUGCUCAAUGUGCAUCGCAGCUGUGUCUCGCUGUGUCGGGAAGAUGCUGGACUCAGCCUGGACCGGCUGCAUAACGUUGCAGAGACCGGCUUGCGAGACCAGUUGAUACAGUUAGGAUUUGACGUUUCUGGAGGUGCAAUGGGUAUCCUCUUCCCUCACCACCUGGGUCAUUAUAUUGGCCUAGACGUGCAUGACUGCUCGGGUUAUUCUCGUGGAUACAAUCUCAAGGCAGGCCAAUGUAUCACAAUUGAGCCUGGCAUCUACGUUCCGGAUGAUGAGCGGUGGCCGGCACAGUUCCGGGGCAUUGGCAUCCGGAUUGAAGACAGUGUUUGUGUUGGAGAUGACAGCCCCAUUGUAUUGACCACGGAGGCAGUGAAAGAGGUCGAUGAUAUUGAGGCCCUCCGUGAUUGA